AUGAUACAGUUUUAUAAUUCUCAGCUUUUAGGAUCAUCCCAGUAUGCAGAGCCCACUGAAGAUUUAAAGGUGUUUGAACGACGACUUAAGGAAGUUGUUGAUGGUUUGCAUCCGAAAGCCAAACUCUGGCGGAUAAUUUUGUUUUUGUCAACACUAUUUUUGAUUAUUUCUGCAUAUUUUUGGCUAGUUGAUCCUUUAACCUACCAGGUGAAAUUUUUGGCUUCUCUGGAGAGUCAUCCCUGUUUUGUCCUUGGUAUUUUUCUAAUGAUUGCGCUCUUUUCAUGCGGAGUUCACAAAAAAGUCGUUCUUCCCAAUAUAAUUGCUCAACGUAUUCGGUCUGUUCUUGUGGAAUACAACAUGACCUGUGACAAUUCCGGAAAACUUAUUAUUCUCCCCCGUCCCAAUUGA